CAAAAAAAAAAAAAACCGUACACAAAUUCCCUUCUGCGAUCACUUUUGACACAACCAGCUGUGCGUUUAAGACGUGGCUUCUCGGUUAGUGUAAUCGUUUUUCUGUUUUUACGUAGUAUUUCUUCUUUCGAUUUCUUCGAUUAACAACGCUAAUUAGAAACAGAAACGAUGGCCCCAAAACAAAGAAUGCGUAUCGCCAACGAAAAAGCCAUGAAGAACGUUGUGCUUAGAGGAAAUGUACCCAAGUCGCAGAAACCAGAAAAGGAUAAUUAUCCCGUCGGACCAUGGUUGUUGGCGUUAUUCAUAUUCGUGGUUUGUGGUUCAGCAAUAUUCCAGAUAAUUCAGUCGAUCCGUAUGGCAUAAUAAUGAAGACUAAAACGAAGGAGAAACAACCCCCCUCAAUAAGAACCAGAUGUAAUUUAUUUUUGUUAACUCCUUAUAUGUAUAUGUGUAUAAAAGUAUAUCUACUCAACUUUUUAUUACAUACCAAGAUCGAAGCCUCAAACGACUUCAUCCCCGUGUGCAAUUAAUUUUUUUUUUAUCAUUUUGUUGCGUGUACAUUCGCUGUAAUAAUGGGAUUUAUUAAUUUUGUCUUCAAUUCAUUGCAUUUAAUUUAAUACUUAUAAGUCUGUACAAAGCUCACUUUUUUUCAUUCUGUUCGAUAACAGAAAUACAAUAAUUUCAAGUAAUAAAGAUGCCACAGAACCGUGAUUUUUAAAAUAUUAAAAAGUGUGGAAAAUCUCAGCUGCAUUCCAAGCGUUUCUUUGUUAGAAAUUUUGUGGGAUAUGAAUGUUUUACAAUGAAAUAAAAUAAAUAUUUUACAAGAUAA